CCCUUUCCGGUUAGCGAUAUGGGAAUUGGGCAAUUGGAGACUUUUGUGGCUUCUCUUAGCUAACGGGUCUUUCUUCAUCUUAACCUAGACAGGCAGUUUGCAAAAUUUAUAUAAUGUAUUUUCCAACCAGAAAGCGCGUUGUCAUGCCGUUGUAGACGGACGCGGAAAGCGGACUAGCUAAGUAGCUAGGCUAGUCACACACACAGUGAGCUGUGGCAAUUCAAUUGAAUUUUGAUUUGCGACAUUUUUUAUACUAGUCAGCUGAAAUAAAACGCUUCCUUCGCAGUUGAGGUCUCACUCUGUCCGUUUGAAGGUAAAACAGCAGAGCGAGUCCCACUUGACUUGUGUCGCACUGGGGAGUGUUGCAGUUAUGAGCCGUGUAGCGCUGACUGGAACUGGAAGCCUUGGACUCGGCAGGCGCGCAGCCUGAAGUGAAGAUCAUGCAGAGGGAGCACGCGGACAGGCUCGUGGAACAAGCCGAAGUGUGUCUGCGCUCCGGACGCAGGAACAGGGCGCUCCGCUUGCUGCACGAAGCCCAGAAACUGUACCCCAGCAGCCGAGCUGCAGCUCUGAUCAAUGCCAUUGUGAGGAAUGGGAGUGCAGCUGGUGAGAGGUGGAGCCGUGACCAUGAGUGGCAGGAUCAAGACCCCAACGAGGAGCAGCAGGGCAGUGCCCGUGGCGGUGCAGAUGGGAAAGUGUACACAGAGGAGCAGCUGCAGGGUGUGCUCAGAAUAAAGCGGUGCAAGGACUUCUACGAGAUCCUCGGUGUGUCCAAAAAUGCUGACGAGGAGGACCUAAAGAAGGCGUACAGGAAGUUGGCUCUCCGAUUCCACCCUGACAAGAACUUUGCCCCUGGAGCAACAGAGGCCUUCAAAGCCAUCGGUAAUGCUUAUGCUGUGCUGAGCAAUCCAGAGAAGCGACAGCAGUACGAUCUGUACGGGGAAGAGUCGAUGGCCGAGUCCUCAUCGCACCCGGGGACGCGGCCUCGCCACCGCCGGAGCUACUACCAGGAUUUUCAGUCAGAUAUAUCCCCUGAGGAGCUCUUCAAUAUCUUCUUCGGGGGCCGUUUUCCAACGAGCAACAUCCACGUGUACACCAACAGCGGUGCUACUUAUGCACACUACUACCAGCCACGCCCACGUCACAUGAACCAGCGACGGGAGGAAGAGGAGGGGGUACAGAAUGACAAUCACACUCAGAACUCUUACACUGCCUUGCUGCCACUCCUACCUGUACUUGGGCUCAUCCUGAUCUCUGUGGUAACCCAGCUGAUGCACACCAACCCUCCAUACAGCCUCUUCUACAAACCGACCAUGGGCCUCGUGGUUUCCAGGGAGACGCAGAACCUUGGCGUGCCCUACUACGUGAGCAAAGGCUUCCAGAAGGAGUACGAUGGGGCCUUAUUGUGGGAGCUGGAAAAGUCCAUCGAGAAGGAGUAUAUCGAGCUCCUGCAGAGCAGCUGCUGGAAGGAGAAACAGCAGAAGUCAGACCUUGCCAACCUGGGUCAGCUGUAUCGCGACGAGCGGCUCAAGCAGAAGGCGGAAUCCAUGAAGCUGGACAGCUGCGACAAGCUGCACCGCCUGGUGGGCCGACAGAGGGGCGAGUGAGCUGGUGGGAUUCUGACAUGACCUCCUGGGAUUUUAUAAUAAUUUAAUCCGGUCCUUGUUUUUGCACUUUGUAAGUCUUCUAGAUGGCCUGCAGCCAGUGCCCUAGUGAAGUUUUUACGUUUACAUUUUUAUUUAUUUGUGUUCACUUGCAUAGGUGAGCACGAGCUUUCAGUCCUCAGAGCUGCUGAUUUUGGUGUGAAGAAUGUCACCCUUUUGGGCUGAAGACCACAAAACAUGGAAAAGCCUCUUUAAACUUCCUUACAUUAAGGACAGGGGUCACAGUUUGUUUUGUACAUGUUGUGGUCAGGUGCCGUUUUUGGCUGCUGUGCUGUGUUACAAUUCCUGCAGGAGAACCAUUAUCCAAAUGCAAAUUUUGGCAGAGGCUGUAAGGUUCAUUAGAAGAUGUUAAAUUAGCAGAUGAACCGUAAGAUCUGGCAGCUGUGUGUCAAGGCAGAGAGCCAAUGCCCUGACAGACAUCCAACACAGGUACUUAACACAGAUACACACAUAUAUACACAUCCUUGUUACUGAUGUGUAAUGUAUUUAUAUAGUGUAUCUGUAUUUGUCUGUUCUCCUGAAACUGUCAUUUCAGGAGUGCAGCACAACUCAUAGUGAAAUUGUGUUUCUCUUGAAAUCUGACUCAGAGCCAUUCUGUCUGCAAGCCACAUGAUAGUUAUCACUGAAGGUCUUUUCAGCUCAUUGGAGGUUCCAUAUUUUUAGUUUAACAGAACUCUGAUGGUUGACAUCAAAUUGUGCACUUUUAUACUUUUUUGAAGGACAGACUGACACACUGAGCCAAUGCAGUAUACGGCAUUUCUUGCUGCUCCCCCUUUAUUAGUCCUACAGAUGGACAAACUCAAUUUUUGCAUGUUGGGUGGGGGUGCAGCCCAUCCAGUCACCUCCUACCACAGGGUUUUAUCACAUGCCAAGUUUCUGCAUCAGAGGUCACUAGCAGCUACAUGGGUACUUUGUUUGGAAUUACAAUUACUGUGAGAGAAAAUUGGCACAUUCUGCAGCAUAUCUCCAACAUCCUUUACCUGUUUUGUGUUUGUAAUUUUAUUUCCAAGAUGUUUUCCUUUCUAGCUUCUCAUCAGUCUCAUACAGAAGCCUACCACAUUUGAAUUGAAUAUGAUUAAAAAUUGUACUCCCUAA